CGUUUCAAGGGCAGGGAAAGUUACCAGUUUAAUUUCGGCAAAUCAUUAGCGAUUGAGAACCGAGGAGCGGGUACUAACGACCAAGGAGGGUUGUGAGCAUAACUGCCUCGGCAUGGAGUGGGCCCGGGGCCUGCUUCAGUCUCGGAGCUAGGAUUUCACAUCUGAACGGCUCGGGUAUGGACGGCCCUUGUUUCACAUUCUAAUGGAGCGCACUCUUCUGUGACCUGGUGUCUCCAUAACUUGUUCGUCGGGGAGCUCACAGCGAGGGAUUUGCUCCAGUGACCCCCAAGUCAAAGUCUGCGGAGCGGCAGGAGGGCCACAUGGUCCCUGAGUAGACCUUUCCCAUUUCGGACUGUGGCCGAGGGCGCGGCGGCGGGAACACAGGGACCCCAUUCUGCCUAGGCUGUGGCCACGCAGGUAGGGGGCAGACACUUCCCUCUCUCAUCUCUCACAUCCCUUUCCCCGAAUCCAGGGCCCUAGUCCUGAAGGGAACCGCUCCCUUCCCACCGCCGGGAUCUCGGCGGACGCAACGCGCAGUUCCGACAGCCAGGAGGAAAACCCCAACUCGCCGCCGCGAUUCUCCCCGGGCUGCAGGCCAGGGAGGCGGCGACGGUGCCUAUUUCCCCGGCUUCCAUGCGCACACGGUCACGGGCGUGGAAGCGGCCAAGUUCGUCAGCCCUGGGCGGAGAGGCCGCCCCUCACUAUCCACUCCUACGCCAGGCGCUCUUCCAGCCCCCGAAGGGCAGCACCCGGUAGCGGCCAGCUCCCGCCAGUCUGCUCUGCUCUGCUCUGCUCGCCGUCCCCAGACCGCCGCGCCCUCGCGGCACCGCCUCCUCCUGUAAAUACCGUGGGGCUCUCCCUCCGCGCCUGGACCCGCAGGUGGAAGUGUGCGGCGCGGGUCCGCGCCCAGCCCGCUGUCCGCGGCCUGCGCUGCCCCGCCGAGCGCCGACCCCGAGGCCCGCACCAGGCUCCCGGGACAAGUCACCGCGCAGGCAGCGCGCGCGCUGGACGCAGCCUCAGAGCUAUUGAAAUCAUUGGAGGGAAGAAAACACACCCCCACCCCUCUUCAGGAAAGGGACGUCUUCUGGCCAUGUCUCCUGCAGCAGCCGAGUCAGAUGGGGUCCGGCAAGAUAGGCAUGUCAGCAUGCUCGUUUUCUUCCUUUUCGUCUUUGGUGCCAUCCUGUUGUUUGUGGGAGCCCUGCUCUCCAUCUUUGGGUUCCAGACGUGCCAAUACGAAACUAUCCCAGAUUGCAGUAUGGUGCUGAAGUUCGCUGGGCCUAUAUGUGCAGCGGUUGGGCUCGGGGUUGUGAUCCUGGCCCGCUCCCGGGCACUACUUCAGUUCCAGGAGAGGCGCCUGCGAGGCAACCAGGUGGACCCUGACCAAGCCUUCAUCUGCGGAGAGAGCCGCCAGUUCGCCCAGUGCCUCAUCUUUGGAUUUCUGUUCUUGACCAGUGGCAUGCUCAUCAGCAUACUGGGCAUUUGGGUCCCUGGGUGUGGCUCAGACUGGGAGAAGGAACCACUGAAUGAGACAGACAUUUCCACCGAGGAGCCCCAGUUCUGUGGAUUCCUGUCCUUGCAAAUCAUGGGACCCUUGAUUGUCCUUGUGGGAUUGUGUUUCUUUGUGGUUGCCCAUGUUAAGAAGAGAAACAACUUGAGUGAGGGCCAGAAUGCCUCUGAAAGUGAAGAGAGACAGACCCAGAACACGGAGCCCGUCCAAGUCACUGUAGGUGAUGCUGUGAUAAUAUUUCCGCCCCCUCCACCACCUUACUUUCCUGAAUCCUCAGCUUCUGCAGUAACUCGAAGUCCCGGGGCUAGCGGUUUGCUUUCGGAUGAAAAUCCACCCUCAUAUGACAGUAUUUUUAAUGACAGCAGGACCCCAACUCCUGAGGGCCGAGGUGCAGACGCUGAGAGAGAGCGUGUACCCAUAUAUACUAUUUCUGGGACUACUUCAUCCUCAGAGAUCUCACAAACUCUGCACGUCUCAUCUGAACUGCCUCCCAGAUAUGAAGAAAAAGAAUCGCAUGCAGCCGCAUCCUUGUCUCCCUCUUCUGAGCCUUCCCCACCCUGAACUAUGGACUCCAGUUCAAUUUUAUAUAGAAUCGAUCACUAUUUUAUUUAAUUUGUU